AUGUCCAAUACCAUCGCCACUUCUUCUUCGCGGAUGCCAGUCUACUUCCUGAGCAUCGGUGGACCCAACUUCAUGGAGAAUACACAGCAUCCCGCCUACGCCAAACUCGGCGAGGUUGGAAGAGAGAUCACGAACAAAGUCAAGCCAAAAGCCAUCGUUGUCUUCUCGGCACACUGGCAAGAUAGCCCGAAUCGAAUCCAGAUCAACGCUGCUGAGGAUACAGAUAUCAUUUAUGAUUUCUAUGGAUUCCCUCCUCACUACUACGAGUACAAGUUUCCAAAUAAAAGCAGUCCUGAGCUUGCGGACAAGGUCAUCGAGAGGCUGGGAGGCGUUGGAAUCGAGGUGCAGAAGGUGAAGAGAGGGCUUGAUCAUGGCGUGUGGGCGGGCUUCGUCGUCGGUAUGAUUGCCUUGCCAUUGUAUGCGUUGAAAUGUUCGAUCCUAACGUUCUGUGGUAGCCUUUGA